AUGUCAGCUGCAACGGCCGUACAUAGCAACAAUGGUGACAAUCACAAGAGACAUCCGGAUUUAAUACCGACAUCAUCACCUAUAACCGCAUCUAGCCCCUCACCACUUACCUCAGACCCCAACACUCACGAAACAUCAAACCCAUCCACUCAACAACAGCAAACACUAGGUAAAAUCCCCGGCCGUCUGUUAUUCGGCUACACCUGUAAACGAUGUGACUCGCGCCAAUACCGCACAAUGUCUAAAGACGCUUACGAGAAGGGUGUCGUGAUUAUCAAGUGUGGGGGGUGCCAGUCGCUGCAUCUUAUUGCAGACCAUCUGGGAUGGUUUGAUACAACGAAAAAGAUUGGAACUAUAGAAGAUAUAUUGAAGGAACAGGGGAGGGAGGCUGAUAUUACGCGGUUGAAGGCUGGGACUGAUGAUGGGGAGAUGGAGUGGCUGCCAGAUGCCAUGCGAGAGGCGGCUAAUGAGACUGUUGGGACGGUGCGCGAUGGUGUCGCUGUGGAUAAGAAGACGUAG